CUCGCUCCCACCUUGCAGAGCGCACGCGCGAUGGCGACGGUCAACUACUCUCGCCCGAUGCGGCCCUCGACAGACUCUUACUCGGCACGCGACCGCGACGGCACCGCCCACGCCGCACCGACGCUCGACACCUCGUUCACCCGCUCGCAAACGGUCGACGACAUCCUCGGCGCGUACGGCGACUCGCCGACCAAGACGCGGUUCGCGCCCGAGCCUCAGCGCUACGACAGCAACUACACGACGGCCACGACCGCGUCGGGCUCGUCGUCGCGCGACGAGAUGGCCGGCAUGCCCGUCCUCGACCACCGCAACGAGCGCGCCGAGUUGCGCCAGAGCACGCGUUCGAGCAGCACCCGCAACCGGCCGGUCGGCGCCAGCAGGACCAAGAGCAGCUCGGAGCUCGACAUCAUCGACCGCCUCGACAUCUCGGGCCUGUAUGGAGGCGGCAGCUUUGUCCGUCACGAUGGACCCUACGCCGCCGCCUCGACGACCCGCAACCAGGGCUCGCUCGCGCCCAUCGCCGCCUUCGACCCGUCCGCCUUUACCCUCACUCCUUCCCCCGCUUCCUCGAGCGCGUCGUCGAUGCGCCGCGCCCACUCGAGCGGCCUGCCCGCCUCUUCGGGGCUCGCGAGGUCCGAGGGCCCGUACGGCGCCGCGUCCAAGGCGCUCACCGGCAGUAGCAGCAGCCCGGGCGCUCGCGGCGCAGGAGGAGGAGGAACGCGGCGCGACAUCUCGCUCGGGUACCCGAGCCAGCGCGAGGAACGCGGCAAGGGGCAGCAGCUGCUCGAGAUCUACGGCGUGCAGGACAACGAGGCGUGGGAGGACUAUGGGCAGGCGACGUACGACUCGAAGGCGGCGUCGAGGGAGAGCGUCUUGCCACCGGGCGCGCCGGGGAGGACCAAGGAGGAGCGCUUUGCGCGCACGCAGAGCAUCUGGGACAUCGAGGCGACCCUCAAGGCCGGCAAGCCCGUCGGCCAAGCACCUCCUCCCGUUCCCGUCAUGCCCUCGGCCUUCGCCGCCCCCGAGCUCUCGCCGUCGAACAAGCCCAAGCGGUCCAAGUCGAUCGCGGCGCGCUUCCGAGCCGGGCGCAAGAACCCGAACAGCCCGAUGGGCGACGACCUCACGGUCCAGGUCGACGACGGCCGCGAGGCGGGCCAGGCCGGCAGCGCGCCGACGAGCCCGACCGACGACCGCCCUCGCGGCGGACGCGACUGGCCCUUGACGGCGUCGAUGCCGGCUUCGGCGUCGGACGCGACGGCGUCGGCUUCGGCGUCGGCCAGUCGUCGCGGGAGCGAGGCGGCCGAGCGCGGCGCACCGCUCGAGAUCCGCACGCAGGCGCUCCGGUUCGAGGACCCGCCGGCGCCGAGGAGCCCGGUCGACCGGCAGGGAGGGUUCGGGCGGACGUGGACGGACGAGGGCGCCGGCGGGUCGCCGACGACGAGCAAGAAGGAGAAGGGCGGGCUCAAGAGGCUGUUCAGCACCAAGCGCAAGCUGAGUCGAGCCGACUAG